GUUUCCAGCCGGCGCAUUCGCGCUACUGGGCCGGCGCUUGGAGCUACUUCCGACGGCCGCGCUCCGCCCCCGGGCGUCUCCAUUUUGGCCGCAGGAGCCGGGGGCGCCCAUGGCGGGCUUGGAGGUACUGUACGCGUCGGCGGCGCCGGCCAUCACCUGCGCGCAGGACGCGCUCAUCUGCUUUCUGCACUGGGAGGUGGUGACGCACGGCUACUACGUCUUGGGUGUCGGCGACCAGCCAGGUCCCAAUGAUAAGAAAUCAGAACUGCUGCCGGCCAAAUGGAAUAGCAAUAAAGACCUGUAUGUCCUCCGGUAUGAGUCUAAGGAUGGGUCCAGAAAGCUCCUUGUGAAGGCUGUCACCGUGGAGAACAGCAUGAUCAUUAAUGUGCUGGAAAGUGGGUCACAGCAGGUAUCAGAUUUGACCCUGAAUUUGGAUGAUUAUAUCGAUUCAGAACACCUGGCUGACUUCCACAGGACCUACAAGAACAGUGAGGAACUUCGGUCUCGCAUUGUGUCUGGAAUCAUCACACCUAUCCAUGAGCCCUGGGACAAGGCUAGCGUCAGCAGUCCCCACCAGGAGUUUCCACCUGCCACUGCCAGAGAGGUGGACCCCCUCCGAAUUCAGCCACAGCACCCACACACGAGCCGGCAGCCUCCCUGGUGUGAUCCCCUGGGCCCGUUUGCUGUCGGGGGAGAGGACCUGGACCCCUUUGGGUGUCGGAGAGGUGGCAUGAUUGUGGACCCCCUGAGGUCUGGCUUCCCAAGAGCACUCAUUGACCCAUCCUCGGGCCUCCCAAACCGUCUUCCUCCAGGCGCUGUGCCCCCAGGAGCACGCUUUGACCCCUUUGGACCCAUUGGGACCAGCCCAUCUGGACCUAACCCAGACCAUCUGCCCCCGCCGGGCUUCGAUGACAUGUACCUGUGAAGGCCUCAAGAAUGUAACAGCCCAGCCUUCCCUCCACUGUCCUGGAGCUGCCGCCGCUGGCCCCAUCAGCAACCGUGUUCUUGCGGGCUGGGGGCAAGGGACCCUGCCCAUGUGUUUGCGGGCCGGCUGAGAUCGCCUCCCCACCCCCUGUCAGAGCCAAGGCACCUGCUGCAGCUCUCCACCUGGCUGCAUAUAGGUCCCAAAGAGACAUCAUUGUGUCUUUCUCCCCACCAGCUCCCCCACACUUCUCAAGGGAGACUCCGGCAACAUCUCCCCCCGGCCCGAUGCUGUCCCAGCUGCAGCACUAUAAGAACAGAACGCAUUUUGGAUGUUAUUAUAAGAACCAAAUGUCAAUACAAAAAUCAUGUUGCCAGUCUCCCACUGUUCUUUACUGCCCAGCUCCUUCCAUUUCUGAGACUCGAGGGUUUAAAUCUUUUUGGGGCUAAAUGACUCUUCUACCCACGGCCUGUUCUUGCUUCUUAGGCCCCUUCCCGUCAUAAAUUGCUUUCUUGCUCCUGACAUCACUAAGGUGGGUCCCAGUGUGGUUGCAAGGCUGAAAGUGAGGGGCUGGAAACCCCAUAGGGCCACAAGGAUGACUUUCACAAGGGCAGGCACACUGCAGAAAGCCUGCGUCAUUCUGAGAAGGGCAGCAUCCUCCAGUCCCGCCUGUGCGCACAUCCUCCGGUCCGUCUGUGCCUGGACGAUGGCAGCCUCUAAGCAGAAGAAUAAACAGACCUGAAGGCUGAUCUCA